CUAGAGAGUCGCAGGCACCAGCGGAUGAUUAGUUUCUUGGGCAGAUAUAGCGGCUCCUCUCGGGCAUAGUAACCGUAUUAAACAGCCAUCUCAGGGGUAUCCCCAGUCGCCCGGGCUGCCCCUUUUCCUCCUGGGCACAAUGUCUCUGCGGGCACGAGCAAUCUAUGACUUCCGAGCCGAGAAUCCUGGUGAGGUGUCCCUACGGGAAUCGGAGGUGCUCAGUCUCUGCAGUGAUCAGGACAUCGAAGGAUGGCUGGAGGGGGUGAACAGUAGAGGUGAGCGGGGUCUGUUCCCGGCCUCCUAUGUAGAGAUAAUCCGAGAUGAGCCUGCUGUCCCACCACCGUUACCCCCGCCUGUCUCCUCCGCGGGUGACUCUCGUUAUGCAAACGUACCCACUGGAGGGUAUGAGACGGCUCAGCAGACGGCGUACCGUGCCCAGGAAACCUUCCAGCCUGUAACUGCACCCCAGUUCGGUUAUCCUUACACCGGGUCAGCCGUGCAGCAGCAGCAGCCGAGACCGACCUCCGUCAAUUACCAGCCCAGUCAGGCCAGCGAUGACGACUGGGACGACGAAUGGGAUGACAGCAGCUCCACAGCGGCGGACGAGCCUAGCGGAGCCCCCGCCCAGGGUUACUACGGGGGUUUCCAUGACUACGAUGGCGCCGGCUCCAGGUACCGUAUGUCUACCCGUUCCGAGAUGCCUCCUGGUUCUUACGCCACCACAGCCUCCUCCGCCUCUUCACAGGCCGCCAAGGGUUCUGCCACCGUGAGCCGCAAUCUGAACCGCUUCUCCGCAUUCGUGAAGACUGGCGGUGAGGCCUUUGUGCUGGGGGAGGCUGCAGGCUUCGUGCGUGAUGGGGACAAGUUAUGUGUGGUACAAGGAUCCCACGGUCCUGAGUGGCAAGAAAACCCCUACCCGUUUGACUGCUCCAUAGACGAACCCACCAAGCAGACCAAGUUCAAGGGUAUGAAAAGUUACAUUUCAUACCGCCUGCUUCCCAGCCACACCGGCCUGCAGGUGCACCGCCGUUACAAACACUUCGACUGGCUCUAUGCUCGGCUAUUGGAGAAGUUUCCAGUGAUCUCGGUGCCCCGUAUUCCGGAGAAGCAGGCCACUGGGCGCUUCGAGGAGGACUUUAUCUCCAAGCGCAGAAAGGGGCUGAUAUGGUGGAUGGAUCACAUGUGUAGUCACCCUAUACUAUCCCGCUGUGACGCCUUCCAUCACUUCUUGACCUGCUCUGAUGAGAAGGCCUGGAAACAGGGUAAGAGGAAAUGUGAGAAGGAUGAGAUGGUGGGAGCUAACUUCUUCCUUACCCUUAGUGUCUCCCCUGGGGCACCAGUGCUGGAGCCUCUUGAUGUUGAGGGCAAGCUGGACGCUUUUAAGUCUUUUGCCAAAAGGAUGGAUGAAGGUGUAAUACAGCUGAACCAAACAGCUGGGGAGUUUGCCCGCAAGCAGGCAUCAGGUUUCAAGAAGGAGUACCAAAAGGUGGGCUUAGCUAUCAAGGGCUUGGGACAGGCUUUUGAGAUAGACCAGCAGGCAUUUUCUGGUGGACUUAACCGGGCAAUGGCCUUCACAGGAGAUGCAUAUGAUGCUAUUGGGGAGAUGUUUGCAGAGCAGCCUCGCCAAGAUCUGGACCCCAUCAUGGACCUGUUGGCAGUGUACCAGGGACACUUGGCAAACUUUCCUGACAUCAUCCAUGUCCCAAGAGGGGCACUUACCAAAGUACGAGAGAGUAAGAAGCAUGUAGAAGAAGGAAAGAUGGAGCUUCAAAAAGCUAGUGAUAUCCAAGAACGUUGUAAUGUCAUCUCAUAUGCCACACUGGCAGAAAUACAUCACUUUCACAAAAUCCGAGUGCGGGACUUCAAGUCACAAAUGCAACACUUCCUACAGCAACAGAUAACCUUCUACCAAAAAGUGACGCUAAAACUGGAGGAGGCGUUACAAAAAUACGAUGCGGCUUAAUGAUUAUGGAGGACCUUGAUUAGUAUUCUCCUCGUUAUGGGGAUGUUUAAACCAGGGGGUAAAAGUCACCCCUACAAAAAUAGAAAUCUGUUGCCAAUAAUUGGCGUUGGUACACGAAUAAUCGUACAUCUAUUUUUUAGUAUUCUGUGAUGCAGAGAAACGGAAGCUGCAUUCACCCAGUGUAUAACAUUUGUAUUUAAAUGAUGCUAUAUAUGCCUUCAUUUCCAUUGCACCUGUUUGGAAUAUCAAGUAUGCAGAUUGCCUUACAACAUCUUGAAGUACACUGUUAUGAUGCAUAUUUAAACGGGAUUAUAAUUCACAUAUGUUAAACUUUAGUUGCCUUUAUAAUCUUACAUCUGGAUUUGACAUCCUGUUUACAAAACUACUUGAGCAACUAUUCAAAUCUUGUGCCUUCUUAUAUAUAUUUUUUUGUUCCUAGUAAUAAAUUCCUAUUUUAUCAAGUGUAUCCAGUGACAGCCUUGUGUUCAGAAGUGGUCCCAAAACCGGAUUUUCUUUUUCUUUUACACCUCUGCUUACAUUUAUUUUGAUGUAAAAGAAACGAAAAAGUUAAAAUUAUAGUAAACACCUUGUAAUUACAUUUUUCUGCAGUCUUGCUAUAAAUGAAAGCACAAAUAUAGUCCAAAAAUGACAUGCUCUAAUCCAUUAUCAGCAGCGCUAGUUGCACAUAUGAGUCGUGCGACUAGCGCUCCGGAUUAAAUCAGCGACAGCUCCAUUUCAGGACUAGCAGUGCACUGCGGUUCAGAGUGGAACAUCUAUUGUGUGUUUAACUCCCUUGUGAGGGUUAAAUACACAGUAGAGCAGGGUCCAUAGUAAAAAAAUGACAUGCUUUAACGGAUUAGAGCAUUAAAUUUGUGGACUACAACGGCCCUUUCACAAACUUUUGUGAGUACAGGUGGCCCUCGGUUUACGCCGGUUCAAUUUGCGCCGUUUCAGAAUAACAACCUUUUUUUUCAGUCAUGUGACUGCUAUUGGAAAGCAGUGCACUAAUUAAAAUAGCCAGUAGGUGGAGCUGUCCGCUUGUUUUGCAGCAAAAGUAAUGCAAGCUUAGCAGACUGAAAUUGAUCUGUGUACACAGAGCAGACCAGACCUAUCGAGCAACAAGAUCUAGCAGCCACUUCCCUUUUAUCUUCCUGUCCAGCUGCUUGAGGUGAGGGUGCCUAACUGCCUAUUAAUCACUGCAGAUUGAACUGCAUAGAAUAGGUGCAGACCCAAUAUUAUCUAACAUGCUAACAAUGCAGAGAACUGUUUGCAGAAAAAUCCAAGUAAAAAAACGUUUUUGUUCAUUAAACUUAGUUUGAUGAUGAUGAUACAAUCUAUAUUAUUAGGUUUAUAAUGCUGUUUAGCAUUUUAAGUCUUCAUUUCAAAGCUUUAAAAAUAAUGUAUUAGGUGUUACUUAUGACAAUUUUGAGAGGGGCCUGGAACCUAACUCCCUCACUUCCCAUUGACUUACAUUAUAAACUGGGUUUCAAUUUACAACUGUUUCGAUUUACAACCAUUCCUUCUGGAACCUAACCCUGGCGUAAACUGAGGGCUACCAGUAUUUUGUUCAUUUAAAGGGAUAUGAAAAUAAAAAAAAAAUAUUUUGUGAUUCAGACAGAGCAUUCAUUUUUAAAAGUUUCCAAUUUAUUUACUUUGUCAAAUUUGCUUUGUUCCCAUGAUAUUCUGUGUUGAAGUGAUACCUUGGUGGGCAUCUGGAGCACCACAUGGCAGGAUAUAGAGAUACCUUCUAGUUCCUUUUGCAAAUGGAUAAGAUUCUUGCAAAAUUGCUGCCAUAUAGUGUUCCAAAAAUUGACGGGAUACUAAGCAUAUGUCCCUGCUAUUCAACAAAAGAUACCAAGAGUACGAAGAAAAUUGUUAAUAGAAGUAAAUUAGAGCAUGCAAUUUUAAACAACUUUCUAUCUGAAUCAUGAAAAAAAAUUGGGUUUCAAAUCACUUUAACAUGUUGUUUUUCAGCAGCCAAACUCCAUCAAUUAAAUGGCUUUUGUUUUCUGGAGUAGAGACCGCUAGCCAAGGGUGUUUUGUUAGCAAAAAAGUUUUUUGUUUUGCAGUUUAUCUGAUAAGCUCUACCGAUGCCAGUUAGGGACAGAUAUGUGGCAGGGCUAUGUUUGUGAAGCCUUUCAUGUGCACUUACAGUCCUCAGGAUUGGGAAAAGUCUCUUAUUUUUUAACCUUGAAGGAACAUGAAAUGAAUUUUAGGCACUUCUUUCUAAUUAUGGGUGCCACUAAUUUGUUACGUUGGUUUCACUGCAGGUAUCUGAAGGAGAGUUGCAGCGCAUGUGCAAACACAUCCUGGAACUGGAAUGCAGUCAAAGCAAAUUUCAACAUGGCAGCACUCAUGACUGGAGGGAGGUGGGGGGGUAACCUCAAUACUAUGCUUAUAAAAUGUAUUCAGUGUUUCAAUUACAGCAAAUUAGCGCAAAAUACAUAAAGUAUAUUGCAAAGUAUUUUUUUACAUAAACAUUUUUACAUUACAAUCUCAAAAUGUUUACUGGCCAUAUAUUAACUCAACCACACUUCUUUUAAAUCCACAAGGAGCUAAAUAACUUGGUUAGUCAUGUAUUUGUGAUAAAAAGGUUUGAGUAAAUUUGCAGAUUAAGCAUAAGGUAGUGAACUAUCACAAAUGCAUGUUAACAGUGAUCAGAGUACUGAAUUUUAUUGUUUUCUAAAAAUGUUUACAUUUAGGUUGGGAAGUAUUAUUUACUGGGGGCGGGGACUGGAUUUUUUUUAUGAUUGAAAUUACACUUCAUCGUUACUCGAAAGAGCAAGGGUGGUUCAAGUGGGACCAGGAAAAAUUAUGAUUAGCUUUUUCCUAAUCUAUACCUAUAUUUCUGGUAUUAAGUUUUGCAAUGGAACUGUCUUACAUGCAUUACAGUCUACAAGGAUCAUUUUCUAAGCCACUUUCUGUAAUAUACUAGCAAUUCGUGUUCUACAGUUAUGUUUUUUGUUUUAUUAAAAUAUUACACCUUUUGUAUUCAGUACCAUAGUACACGAAGCACUGGUUGGUCUUUUUAGUACUUUAUAUGUAACUAAAUUAUUUAUUUACCUUUUACUAUAGCCCCUUUUUAUAUUUCAUUGUGUAACUUAUUGCCACUGGUUAUCAAUUUAUGACACAGUGUUUUUUGUUUUUUUUAAUAUCUACUUUUAUAGUAACAAUUCCUGCUUUACCAAGCAGGAAAGGGAGGGUUGAGGUUACAUUUUGAUAGUGUCUACUUCUUGUCUUCCACAUACUUUUUAAACUACAAACACUUUAUGCAAUCGCCAUCAUGCACAAGAAUUUCACAUUUUUAGAGCAAGAAGAAAUUUGAAGGCAAUACAGAUGCAGUAUAUGGAUAGAUUUACGAAUAACUUGUAUUUACCAUUGAUACUAUGUGAUGGCAUUUUCAUUGAUCAACAGCUUACCUGGCACUUUUGAAACUUUAACUUACGAGCACCAGAAGUUUUGAGCUUUAUCACCUGUCGUCCUUGCCCACUUUUGUCUCCACAUUCCAUCUUGUCGUCAAAACAAAAAAUGCACAAGAUGAGACGGUUAAAAUAUUUCUUCAAAAUACCAGGUUUGCUGAUGAAUUGGACAAAUCACGUAUUUAGAGGAGCAUCACUAGUUUUAAAUUAAGUUUUCCGUGCCUACUACUUAUGAGAGGCACCUGACAAGGACUUUCCCCCCUUUUUUUUGUUGAUGUAACACUUGUGUACGAAUAAAAAAAAAAAAAAAAAAAAUUGUUUAAACUGA